AAAAAAUGGAAUCUCACCAAGUUGAAUCUCGUAUGGCAUCAUGACAGAAGUGGUUAAGAAAUCAGGAGUAGUCCAGAAGCCUUGCAGCAGCCCUAAUAGUAAAAGAAUCCCCCAGAAUGUCACCAUCAAGAGGUCUGAUGAAAUUAUUGCCAUGGCAGCCCUGUCUUCCAUUGGAAAUGUUGCCACAGCUUCCAUCGACAGGAGCCACACACAGGAAUCAGCAGACACUGCCUCGAAUACCUCAAAAACCAAUCAGUCAAAUGAUUUAAAAACUGAAGAACCUGUCCCCAAUGUCAUUUAUGUGUAUGAUGGUUCAAAACUCCCACAGAUACAUGGAAGGAUUGAGAAAGCAAGUAUUUCAGGAGUGUAUCCCACUCCUCAUAAUAUAACAGUACUCAAAGAUGGAGAUGGGAUUGGCAUCAGUAGUGAUCCUCAGGUUAUCACACCCAUAGCCAAUCAGAUGGUGGUUAGCAAAGAAGUCUUCAAAUGUGGAGAGUGCAAGUAUUCUACCCACAAUCGUAGCUACCUGAAGCAGCAUGUAGAUCUGAUCCACAAUGCUGUUAGGCUGUACAAGUGUCCGUUCUGUGACUAUGCUGGAAAGAGGAGUCAUUCACUAAGAGAGCACCUGAUUGUUCACUCCAACGAAAGGCCAUUCACGUGUCCUCAUUGUAAUGCCACUUUCCGCAAGAAAGGCCAUUUGACAAAUCAUGAAAAACUGCAUAAGAAAUCAGUGAAAUGUCCCAUUUGCACAGAAUGGUUUCAGAGUUCUGAAAUUGAGAAACACAUGUUGGAAAAGCAUAAUGCAAGAAAAUUUUUACUGUGUGACAUCUGCAAAUUCAUGGCACUGGAUGUACCCACCUUUAAUAAGCACAUGGAAUCUCACCACACAACAGACGUCCAGAAGAAGCAGAUAGUUUGCAGCAGCUGUAAGACUAUGUGUCCUGACUAUGAUUCUUUUUUAGAACAUGCCAAACUUCAUGAAAAUGAACUUGAAGAAGAACCAAAACAAGAUAUGUCUAAUACACCAAAAAAUGUCAUGAUCAAGUGCUCCGAGUGUGGGAUAGUGACCUCAGAUCAGGAAUCUAUGAGGGCACACAUGUGGGUGCAUAUCAAUCCAUCUCUUAAAAAGGAAAUAAUGGUUCCUGAGGUACCUGAGAAAACUAUCAAGCAUACUGCCUAUAAGUGCCUGGAUUGUGACUUUACGUGUGAAGAAGCCAAAGUAUUUGUUGCUCACAUGGUGCAACACAAACCAGAUCUACAGAACAUUAUGUCCGAGCCAAAGAAAUCUCACACAGUUUUAACCAAUGAAUCUCAAAUAUCUGCAGAAAAAUCACCCACAAAAGUAAUUUCUGAGAGUAGUGAAGAGGAUAUUGUUAUACUGUCUGGUUCAAGUCCAGCAACAAAACAACAGAUUGAAAAAUACCUUGCAGAAAAGUUUUCAAGACCUACUGUUGAAAAAGAGGCAGUUAUUAAUAUACACCCAGUGAUUCAGCAAGUGGUUUCAAAGCAAGUUCCCCAAGGCAGCCAAAGUAAUGUAGAACAUUUACCAUUUGUGCAUGACCAGUCAAAUGCCAAAUUUCGGUGCACAAUUUGUGGAUAUACCUGUGACCACCAGAGAACAAUUAAAGCACACAUCUGGAAACAUUCUGGAAAUAAAGACAUUGAGUAUCCAAUGUUCAGGAAUGGUCCUCUAAGUGUUUAUGAAGAUAUGAGUGUUUCAGCAGUCAUGAAAGAGUAUGUUUUGCCAGCAGAAAAGUUACCUGCAAGUGGAUCUGAACCUGACCUGACAAACACAGUCAGGGAGAAACAAGUGAAAAUGGCAGUUAGUCCGGUUGCCCCAGCAUUGGCCAGUAUGCUUGCUCAGAGAGCAAAACAGAAACCGGAAGAAAUUAGCAAGAAUUUACCUCAGCCAGAAAAGCAGAGAAACAAAGUGAAAAAUGUGGACUUGAAUGUCCGAAAUAUACCAGGAACAGACUACUAUGAGAUUAACAUUUGUACAAAAAAUCCAGAAAAAAUGGAGGUAAGCAUUGAACAGAAACAGGACAUUGUUCAAAAAACAUACAAUUUUGAAGAUGUUGAAAUGCAUGAAACUACCAAACAAGGUGUUGUUGAUUCUAGGCCAGUAGUGGUGGAAAGUGUGGACACAUUAUCAUCUUUAUCAACAUACACAGGAAUGAGAAGUGGUGAGAACAGUCCAAAGUCCACAGUCCCUGAAGAUGCCAUGAGUGAAGACCAAGAUUCAGGUGUUGUCUUGGACUCUUCUUCACAGGUGGAAGCAGAUGCUAUGAACUCCAACCUGACAGAAAAUAGAAAGAUCAGCAAGACAAUGGAGAUAUUCCACCACUGUUCAGAUGAGCUGCAGACGGUGGAGUGUGUGGUUUCAAGUGGAGAUAACCUUAGAAGUGGAAAUGGGGAUGAUGAAGGUGUAACAGAAGAUGAAAGAUUGGAGGAUAUAGAGGAAAAUGCAGCAAGAGAAUCAUCCUCCAAGAGAACAAGAACCACUUCUGUAACAACAGAAUCAGCUGUGACACUCCUCUCAUUGCUUCAAAAAGGCCCCAAUAACAACCCAGCUUGUCCAGUGAAAGAGGAUAGCCAAAGUGAUGGACAACCAAAGGUCAAAGUGAAAGCAGCUGAAAGUGAAGGCUCCAAAAAAGGUGGCAUAUCCUCAUCAUUAUUGGCUGUUAUUGAACAGCUCAGAGAAAGAUCCAAAGAACGAGAAUCACUGGAGGAUGAUUCAAUGCUUCCACAAAAGCGAGGCACAAAACGGAAAAUCAAAAGGGAAUCUGAAGAAGAUAUUAGUGUAUUGGAAAGUAUGGAUAAUGUUGAAAAGACAGAAGACUCAAAAUAUAGAUGCAAACUCUGCCACUAUUCUCAUUUGGACUCUUUCAUGAUAAGACAACACAUGAGGCUUCACAAGGAAAAGAAACCAUUUGAGUGUUCUCUGUGUGAGUUCAUUGCAGUUUCAAGUGAAGAUCUACAAGACCACAUGAUAAAACAUUGCAAAGUUAGAACCUACCAAUGCAAAUUAUGCAGCUCAGCAUUUAACUACAAGAGUCAACUGCGUGCUCAUAUGCGUGCCCAUAAUGAUAAAGACAUAUUUGUUUGUGACGAUUGUGAUUAUGAAAGCAACAAUCCAGUGGCCUAUCGGAAUCAUGUGCGAGGGCAUGCAGAAAAGAAAUUGUACAAAUGUGAAGUCUGUGAAAAUCGUUUUGUUUCAAAGCAUGAUCUACGAACUCAUAAAAAGCUAUUAUGUGGCAAGAACAGAUCAUUUAGUUGUGAUGAGUGUGAUUUUGUUGCAAUAGGUCCACAAGAACAACGCACUCAUGCUAAGGUACACAACAAAGAAUUCAAGUGUGCAAAGUGCGAGUAUGUUACAACUAGCAUUACCCGGUUUCAGAGCCAUACAAAAACUCAUGACGAGGAACCAAAAUCUCUGAAGUGUGAGCUUUGUGACUUCCCUGCAGUUUCCAGUAGAAGUUUGAAGUCUCACAUGAAACGUCACAUCAAUGACCAACGCUUUGUUCAGCAACCUCUGGAGCAGUACAAAUGUAACUUGUGUGGCUAUGUUUGCCACCACCUGCCUUCCCUGAAGUCACAUAUGUGGCGUCACGCCAGUGAUACAAACUAUAGCUACGAGUUCACCAAUGAAGUGAUCAAUGCAGCAAUUGACUAUGAUUGUCAAAUAGGCAACCGAGAUUGCCAAGAAAUUGACAUAGCAGCAUUCUUUAACACCAUAAGACAGAAACUGAAAGAGAGGCUAAGAAAGGAGAAGACGGAGACCGAUAAUGAGCGUGCAAACCAAGCUGUUUGCUGGGUGACAUUUCGAUGUUGUCAGUGCGGCUUUGAAACAAUCAAUAAAGCAGAACUGAACUUGCACAUGAAAAGUCAUUCUGAUGUCAUUCAGUGGACUCUUCAAGUGCCGAAAGAAGAUGUCAAGAAAUUAUGACUGUUCCAAACUGAAACAGACACAUGUAUUGAUAGUUGAAAUAUCUUUUAUCAAAACUUGAUAGAUACGGGUAAUUGUGGUGUUUUCGUGAAUCAGGGAACCAUGGUAUUGUAGUAAGAAAGAGUUUUGAAAAUGUGUACAGUGUAAAAUGUAGAUUUAAAGUUUGUUGAUUAGUAAUAAUAUCUAGGGGGCUGGGAUCUUGAUUGGAGAUUUUUGACAGCAGCAACAUAUGAGGAAGUUGACAUAAAUUUAUAUUUCUAAUAAACAUCCUUGUUCUAAUAAGCAUCCUUGUUAAGGUUUCUGUGUAUUAGUAUCUGUCAUUGUUACAUGGUUUCCGUUUUGGAAUUAUCUUCAUGCAUAUCUUAAAUAGGAAAUAUAUACUAAUCGUGGAAACUAGAUGUGUUCCUACUUCUUAGUAUCACAAAUCUUCCGGUAAUCAUUAUCAAAUCCUUUAUGAUUAAAUGUUAACUGUAGGGAUGAAUGGAAUAGAUCUCUUGCUCUGUUUGUUUUAUCAUAUUUGUUUGUUUUUUUUGUUUGUUUUUUUUAAGAUUACUAUGUUCUGUUUGAGGUUGUGAAUCUGUGAUGUGGUGUAUGUUUAUAACACUUAAUGAAAAGUGGGGGA